AUGGCAUCACGCUCGCUGGAUCUGAUGACGACUAUCUUUCCACAUUGUGUGGAUGUUAUACUGGAAUGGUACCCUUUCCCCGUUGUCGAUGUGGUCAUUGCAUUGAUGUGUCUCGGCAGGGGUGACAUAGUCACCCCAGACGAGAACACCAGGCUCUUUGGGAACAUGCACAACCCACCUAAGUCAGCCAAGCAGUGGUUAUCAAUCAUCAGCACGGCAACGCGCCGAUUAUCCGUCAGCAUAUCCAGCGUGAACAUACCAGCAGCACACAAAGAUGUCUACAACCUCGACCGAGACAACGCCUUCCUACACAUCCCAGAGAAGCAAGGCAAGAUUGAAGUCUCCACACACCAUUACCAUGCUAAGCAAAACCGCUAA